GGCUGCAGCGCUGAGGCAGCCCAGCUGUCGUGCCCACAGACAGGUGCUGUAAGACAAUAGCUCACUUCCCCAAGCCUCUAGCGGCCAAGUGUCUGGCCAGCGAGAGCCAGUGAACAGCACUGGUCACCGUGCCGCUGCAGUCCAGGCCCGCGCCCGCCACCCAUGGAGCCCCGGCCUCUCCUCCUGCUGCUCGGCCUCUGCUCAGCUGGCCUCGUCCUGGGCUCCGAACACGAGACCCGCCUGGUGGCAAAGCUAUUUGAAGACUACAGCAACGUGGUGCGGCCCGUGGCAGACCACCGCCAGGUCGUGGAGGUCACCGUGGGCCUGCAGCUCAUCCAGCUCAUCAAUGUGGACGAAGUGAAUCAGAUCGUGACAACCAACGUUCGUCUCAAACAGCAAUGGGUGGAUUACAACCUCAAAUGGAAUCCAGAGGACUACGGCGGCGUGAAAAAAAUCCACGUUCCCUCCGAAAAGAUCUGGCGCCCGGACCUGGUUCUCUACAACAAUGCUGAUGGUGACUUCGCCAUUGUCAAGUUCACCAAAGUGCUCCUGGACUACACAGGCCACAUCACCUGGACACCUCCAGCCAUCUUUAAGAGCUACUGUGAGAUCAUCGUCACGCACUUUCCCUUUGAUGAACAGAACUGCAGCAUGAAGCUGGGCACCUGGACCUAUGACGGCUCGGUGGUGGCCAUCAACCCGGGGAGAAGAUGACCUUGAGCAUCUCUGUCCUCCUGUCCUUGACUGUGUUCCUUCUGGUCAUCGUGGAGCUCAUCCCUUCCACCUCCAGCGCCGUGCCCUUGAUCGGGAAGUACAUGUUGUUCACCAUGGUCUUCGUGAUCGCGUCCAUCAUCAUCACCGUCAUCGUCAUCAACACGCACCACCGCUCACCCAGCACCCACGUCAUGCCCGAGUGGGUGCGGAAGGUUUUCAUUGACACUGUUCCAAACAUCAUGUUUUUCUCCACAAUGAAAAGACCAUCCAGAGAGAAACAAGAAAAGAAGAUUUUCACAGAAGACAUUGAUAUCUCUGACAUUUCUGGGAAGCCAGGGCCUCCACCGCUGGGCUUCCACUCUCCCCUGAUCAAACACCCUGAGGUGAAGAGUGCCAUCGAGGGCAUCAAGUACAUCGCAGAGACCAUGAAGUCAGACCAGGAGUCCAGUAACGCAUCCGAGGAGUGGAAGUAUGUCGCCAUGGUGAUGGACCACAUUCUCCUGGGGAUCUUCAUGCUGGUCUGUCUCAUCGGCACCCUCGCCGUGUUUGCAGGCCGGCUUAUUGAACUGAACCAGCAAGGAUGAGCAGAAGCUGGGUCGAGCCUGGCUCUGCCCGGGACCACCAGAGCAGAGGAAGGCGGAAAAGAGGAAGAGUUGUCUGUUCGGAUAACUCUCAUUUAUCAAACAUGCAAUUUUCUGUAUUUAUUAUUAGUGAUAAUGAUUUGCUUUGACGUAAGAUUAUAGCCCUGAAGUGUUUUCACAUUGCAUCUCCCCUCAAUCCUGCUGUGCCUUCCUGGAGAGUGAGCCUGUGGCAGUAAAUGCAACUGGAUGGCUAA